CUGGCAGUGGCACCAAACAUGCUUCUUCUAUUUCCCUCCAAUUUUUUUCUCUCCCUAUAAAAUCCUUCGGUUUUCUUUUAUCUCUCCCUCUGCUACAAAAUAUCAGAGAGGAGAGGAGAAGAGAAGAGAAGAGAAGAAUCCUUCUCGGUUCUCUACUUACUGGUUCUGCCAGAAAAGAUAAUACUAGCUAUCGAGCAGAAAUGCAGAACGACGCCGCCUCCACCACCGCUAACGACGAUCUCAUCGUUGCUACCAAAUCCAGAGACUUUCUCCCAAACGAAGUCGACUUCACUUCCAUAUUCUGUCCAGAAUCGCCUCACACUCUCACGCCUUACGUGGACACUCGCUUUGUGACUCAACAGCAGGACCUGAUAAACCGCAAUGCUCUUUGUAUCACGCGCCUUCGCGAGGCCGCCAUGGAAGUAGAGUCCCUACGCCAGGAGAAUGCUGCUCUCCGAUCUGUCAACCGCGAGCUCAACAACCACCUGAGCUUCCUCAUCCAAGCCUCGGUCCAGAAACACUGUCUCUCCUCUGAUUACAACACCACUUCAUUCGAGAUCUUGAAUGGCUUCCGUAAUUUGUGCAUCACUGGAGGUGAUGGAGGAGAAGAGAUGUGCGAACAUGAAAGUCCUACGAGCGUGAUGGAGGUGCAGACCGUGGACGCGACGGAGAGAAUAUCGUUGCCUAAGAGCAUUUCUGUGAGGUCCAAUGGAUACUUGAAGACGAGCCAGGCUGGUGUGAGCAAGACUAGGGGCGUAACUCGGCCUAAAACCGCAAGUCCAAUCAAAGCAGUGCAAAAGGUUUACGUGCGUGGAGGGAAGACGGAGGAGGAGCCCCUUGAACUUGAGGUCUACAACCAAGGAAUGUUCAAGACUGAAUUGUGCAACAAAUGGCAGGAGACAGGGACAUGCCCAUACGGUGACCACUGCCAGUUUGCUCAUGGCAUUGAAGAGCUCCGCCCAGUUAUCCGUCACCCUCGCUACAAGACCGAGGUAUGCAGAAUGGUCCUUGCUGGUGAUAUCUGUCCAUACGGCCACCGCUGCCACUUCCGCCAUGUCCUUACUGAAGAGGAAAGAUUUAUGGGCCAACUCAAGCCGAGGGCAAUCAAGCUUGAGAGGUAAAAUAAGAACUAAUGUUGAUCAGAGAAACUGCGAAUCUGAGACUGGGGCUAAUGUAGGAAAUGUUUAUAAUGCUCAAAGAGAAUGGUAAAGAAUAAUACUCUUUAAUCUAGUAUAUAAAAGAUAAAUAUGAAUGGUGGACAUAUACAUAAUUAGUAAAUAUAAUGACGUAAAAAAAAGAAUUGGAAGAUUUAAUGGACAAGGUGGAGAUUGGAUAAGGGUAUUUUGAGCUCUUCAGAUUAUUUUGUGUACUUCCACUUUUAUUUCAUUUAUACAUUGCACAUGAGACAUCACUUAUAUCGGUAGUGUUUGGUGAUUUGAAUUGAAACCAAGCAACAAAAAGAAACUCUCUUUAAUGAUGUUAUUUGAUUUGGCAAAGCAAGCAAUUUCUGAUUGGGGUUAUAAUUCAAAGUUACUCCUUUCACUUGCCCAUUGCCUCAUCAUUCUCUUCUUGAGUAGUGGCCACUGGAAAUUUUGAUUCGUUUAAUGUACCAUAUACAUAUAUAUAAAUAUUAAUUUACCGUUUCAUA